CCUCCCAUAUUACCUGGCCAUGCUCUCCGUCCCUUACAAUACAUAUGUACUUGGUCCGCCUCGGCUCCAAGCCCUGGAGAUGAAUGCCUCUGUGGAACGUCUCACUAUCCUCAACAGUCCUCAAUGCGUAUUCCUGAAGGUCAAGUGGCCGAACUUCGCGGAAAAGACGGUGUUGCCGGAUUAAAUUCUAGAGUAAAAGUUUCCCGAACAACCAUCGAAAUACGAGGCUCAAGUAUGUAAUCAGCGUAUUCAUGCACUGCACGAUUCUCCAUAUGCCGGCAACAUGUGUGCCGACCCUGGUAACAUCGGCGCCUAACACACAUGGUCAAGACCCUCGUGGGCCGAAACCCAGCGCAAACUGCACGCUAUAGAUAUACAUAUAAUCUAAUUGUGCAGUCGAUUUGAUUGCGUGAACAGGAUGAAUAGGUACUCGUGAUAAACCGCCGCGGCGGCGAAAUUGUUCGAUACACUUGGCCAUAAACUUUGGUUGCCAUCAAAACAUACUCUGUCAAUGUCCCCAUUGCACCUUUUAAAAGAGGAAAUCAACGUCGAGAUUUCAUUCCAGGAAGCCUUACAGCAUAUAGCCAUUUUGCAAGCCUUCUGAGCCAAUUUUGUUUUUUUUUUUUUCGAUAUGGCCGCAUCUGAACGCAUCGAGCAUGAGCUCGUCGCUCGACACUCCACGGACCACAGCAAUGCUGAGAGCUUUAAGGAGUAUUUUGGCUACGACCCCGAGGCUAUUCCAUGUCAAGGUGGUCCAGUGCUAUGUGACUACUUGGACGCAGUGUACCAGGGGCAAGCAAAGUCGAUGCUCUAUACAUUCGUUUUGUGGGCUGUCAUCGGAGGAAUCAUCCUCUUCAUCAUGCUCGGACGUCUUUUGAGGCCACACCGAAGGAACGGAGACAACGAAAAGCAGUCGACAUUAUAUCGCAGCACAAGGUCUCUGGCAGCUGCUAGUCGGAAGGCUUUGCUUCCAGAGGGGUUUCAGAGCUUGUUUCCCAACACAACGAGGUUGCAAGUGCUGAUUUUUUCGAUUUUCUUCGUCUAUAUCACUCUUUUCACAUUUCUGGGCAUAGAAUACAAGAAGUGGUACACACCGGCGAAAGGGACCGACAAGUUCAGCAUACGAACAGGUCUAGCUGGCUUUAGCAACCGCAUUGGUGCGCUUUCAUAUGCCCUCACGCCGCUUACUGUUGCUCUCUGCAGUCGCGACUCAAUCCUGAGUCUUCUCACUGGGAUCCCAUAUCAGCACUUCAACUUCUUGCAUCGAUGGACUGGACGUAUCAUUCUUGUCCAAUCCUUUGUACAUACCAUCGGAUGGACCAUCAUCGAAGCCCGUCUCUACCAGCCGCAGCCGAAGUAUUACGCCGAUUUCAUAAAGCAGACGUAUGCCAUAUGGGGCGUUGUUGCGCAAAGCUUCAUCACGUUCUUGUUCGUCUUCAGCCUUCGCCCCGUUAUUCGUUGGACAGGCUAUGAAUUCUUCAAGAUCACACACCUCAUCUUCGCUGGUCUAUUUUUUGGCGCUUGCUGGGGCCACUGGGACAAGUUAGCAUGCUGGAUGAUCGCCUCGCUGGGACUUCUAGGCGUCGAGCUCGGCAUGCGCGUCGUACGUCUCUGCCUCAUUCAUUUCGGUUACAAAGACGGCAACAAGGGCAUCGGUUUCCGUACAAUCAACUCAAAAGUGGAAACUUUCAAGGACCCUUCCGGCACUAUCGUUCGCAUGACCUUCACACAUAGUCACCGGACUUGGAAGAUAGGUCAGCAUUUCUACCUCACCUUCCCUGCCCUGAGCAUCUGGCAAUCUCAUCCCUUCACUCCGGCUUCGGUCCCAUCAGCGUCGGGCACUCAUCCAACUCACACCUACAUCAUUCGCGCGCGAAAUGGUGAAACCGGUAAGCUCGGCGCCCUCGCCGAAUCCAGCACAUCUGAGAAAGAGAACACUUUCGAGACUCCCGUAGUCAUGCUCGGUCCUUACGGCCUCUCCACCGUCGACACCGAAGCCACCAACAUCCUCGCCAUCGCCGGCGGCACAGGAAUCUCGUUUACUCUCCCCACUGUAAUGAGCGCACUCGCCGACCCAACCUCGAUUGCACAGAAUAUCGAGAUGGUGUGGAUUAUCCGACACAUCGACAAUCUUUCCUGGAUUGGCCCCGAACUCACGGAACUGAGAUCCUACCUAUCCGACGCCUCUUCUCCGUCGUCAUCGUCAGACUUCAAAUCCGCACAAACAACUGUUAGCUCGCAGAAGAAGCGCUUCCGCAUCCGCAUCUUCGUCACUCGUGCCCCGGAAACACGUACGCAUGUCCACCCUGUGAUUUCCACUAGUAUAGUAGCGCCCAAAAGCGACCUCGAGAUUAGUUCGGCAUCGAGCACGGCGUCGGAACCUACGCACAGCCAUGAGAUUCAGCAACUUAUUGCACCGCACCCGGACUUCAAAGUUGAGUAUCUCGAUCAUAUUCGACCGGGCGUAGAAAGUAUGCUUUCUUCAUUCUUAGACGAGACAGUUGAGGAAGGGCGGACGCAGGUUCUUGGAUCUGGACCCGCGGAGUUGGGGACUGAUAUCAGGGCUGGUGUGGCUAGGAGGAAUGAAGCGGGGAGGGUCUGGAAGGGAGACGAGAGAGGUGAUGUUCGAUGUGUGUGGGAUGAUAGAUUGGGAUAG